AUGGAUAAGUAUCCAUAUUUGGAUUCUGAAAUAAAUUCUGAUUUUAUAUCAGAGUUUUCUUAUUCUUUAAAAGAAGUGGGUGAGGGUGAUUACACAGAUCAAUUUUUCACUGAUAAAAUAUUCCCAACACGCGCCGAUUUAAUUGAAUGGGUUCGAAAGAUUGCAUUUGAUCUUGGAUUUGUUGUCGUCACUAUAAGAUCUGACACAGCAACUGGUGAAGCUGGUAGAAAGAUAUUUAUUUUGUUAGGCUGUGAAAGAAGCGGGAAGUAUAGGAAGUAUAAGCCAGAUGUUCAACCUAGUUUCUCUGGCACAAGAAAAUGUGAGUGUCCGUUUAGGUUGAGGGGUAAACCUAAAGGAGAUGGUUGGGUGUUGAAGGUUAUGUGCGGCUAUCACAACCAUGAAUUAGCAGAGACUUUGGUCGGUCAUCCUUUCGCGGGUAGGUUAAAUGCUGCUGAACAAUCAAUUCUUGUGGACAUGACUAAUAGUCAAGUAAAGCCGUCAAAUAUUCUUUUGACUCUGAAAGAACAUAAUGAAGAUAACAUGACCACGAUAAAGCAAAUAUAUAAUGUGAGGUACACGUACAAACGAUCUUUGAGAGGGUCUAGAACUGAAAUGCAGCAAUUGAUGAUGAUGUUAGAUAGAGACAAAUACAUCCAGAGAAGUAGAUGUUUGGACGAUUCUGACGUGGUAAGUGACUUGUUUUGGACACAUCCCGAUUCAGUGCACUUAGUCAAUUCUUUUAAUAUUGUUUUCUUAAUGGAUACGACGUACAAGACGAACAAAUAUCGACUUCCGUUGCUCGAGAUUGUGGGAGUCACAUCAACUGGUUUGACAUUCACAGCCGCCUUUGCAUUACUUUCAAGUGAAUGCCAAAGUAAUUUCACUUGGGCAUUGGAAAGGGUUGAGUCUGCGUACUGGAACCUGAAGAGAUUAUUGGGAUCUAGUAUGGGAGACCUAUGCUCGUGUUGGGAUGCUAUGCAUAACGUCAUAGUCCUACAACAUAACAAGAUCAAGGCGUCCUUUGAAAAAAGUCUGAACGUUAAUGCUAAAAAGUGGAUGACCAUACCUGACAUUGGUUAUGCAAUUGCAAAUCGAUACAAUGUCAUCUUAGUAAACCUCCAUAUCACAAGUGAAGCAUUACCCAUUGGAUGUUAUGAUUUACUUACUAAUAUUAAUUUUUCAGAUCUUACAGAAGACUAA